GGGAAAAAUAAAGACACAGACCUAAAUUACAAAUAAAUAGCACAAAUUUAAUAGCACAGUUAAAAAAGGAAUGCUGUUCUGAAAUGUCUUGGCAACAUUUCUGCAGACAGUAUUUUCUGGUUUUGUAAUGAAUAGGCAGAGCUACAUGUUAAUGCAGCUAAUCUUGAAAAAUAUAUUUUUAACACAUUAUUGUCGUUGUGUAUUAUAUUCUUUUAGUUAUGAACAUUUAUUAUUUUGAAUAAAGCUUUUCAAAUAUAUUAACAAUUUAUUUAUUAAAAACAAAGAAAGUAUUUGAAGAUGAUCUAUUCUGCAUUAAUUUAGAUGAAUAGAUUCUGCUGUUCUAGUUAAAAGCAUUUAAAUUGUGAGCUCCAGCAGAUCUAUCAGACUCUUUGCAUCUUUACAGCGUUUCUUUUUAUGAGUUUUUUCAUUAAAGUGGGCUUUAAUGUAUUUUGCUGCAGACUGUGUGUCUCUGUAUGUUAUUGUAGCAGUCCUGCCUGCGUGCCAAACGGUGAAUUGUAAAUUCAGACAGCAGAGGGCGAUAUAAAAACACUAUGAAAUGAUUAUUAAUAGAGUUCCGAAACCGCAUGAAAAGCAGAUAAAUCUUACUUACUCGACUGUAUUAAAAUAAUCUUACUACUAAUAUCAUAGUAAAACGACUGUUAUUGUUGUAGACACAAUAAUAUUUAAUCCGCGAAAUUGCGCGAAUCUAAAGUAGCGGGCGCCUCAUGAAAGUACCGCGAGAGCACACUGCUUCGAAUGCUUUCGAAUAACUCUCGCGGUGCUUUGAUUUCAUACGCCGAGCCGGCUGCGCAGCUCCCCAUAAUCAACACACCUGUUUAAACAACCCCACACCAACCGGAGGAGUCUGUGAGUCUCUUUUAUACAGGAAUAAAAUGCAGCUGACUCUGUCCCGCCAUGAGUGCAGGAGUGAAUGUGAAGAGCCUUCCACGGGCCCAGCCGGGCUCUGCCAUCCCUCUACACAGAACCAGACACCCCUCCCCAAAACAUGAACCCAAAAUCACCAGUGUUGGCCAGCCGAGACCAUCCACACACAUCCCCGGGAGCAAUCGAACCUCUUACAGCUCUCCUCCUGUCUCCUCCAGAGACGUGCUGAGAAACCAGCAUCUGCUGCUGAGAGGAAGCCCACCCGCUCAACGUUCUGCCACCAAUCCUCAAAUACACAUCCAAGACUCUAGAUCAGCCCAAAGCAGUCCACAAGCUAGACGGAAAGACUCCCCGCUUCUGAGGGGCUCUCUGGAUGGGUCCAGGUCUGAAAGUUUGUUAGACCUCCGGUCCAACGUCAACAAGAACAUCCAGAGCUUGCGUUCUCAAGCGGGAAGAUUAGAUAACGGUAACAGCACGAUCUCAGAAGGACCCAAAUGCCAAGAAGAGAGCGGCGUUUCCCUAAGCAGUCAAAGCAGGACAGGAAUCCCUACGUUUCGAUUUGGUAACAAAAAUCUGAGGCCGGGAGCUGCGAAUGCAGAUUCGGGUCUCCUCAAAGUUCGGAGAGAUAGAGUGUCGUUGCAGAACAGCGCUUCCAGUAGUUUCUCAGAUGAGGAGAUGUGCACGCCGGAUGACCUCAGUCCAGAGGUCCCACAGAUACCAAAUCCAGAGGUCACAGCGGCUGGCAUGAAUCAGGAUGCUUGCAGCGUGGACCUGCUGAAGGCCAGACAGACACCGAAGGUCAAUAUGGCUGCCGUGGCACCGUUCCGAUACAGGCUGCAGAUUCAAGAAGACGUCAUAUCCCUGGACGAGUUCAGCGACUGUUCAUCUGACUCCAUUGAAGUGAACUGUGACGAUCUCACUGCUGGAGGAAUGCUUGGGGGUAGCCCAAGAGGACGAGGAGUAGAUCUGGAUACUGAGGCUGACAAAACCUCCAAAGCCAAGACCCCUCAGGGCCAGGCGGGAGCCAAAGGAGUCGGGGGCAUGGCUGCGAAAAGGGGCAAGUCAGGGCUCCCACAAGCUUCUCCUCGGACUGAGUUAAAAGUCUACCGAGCUGGUAAUUCUGAGGGUCGUCUACCAGUGCCUACCAGCUUGCGCAAACAGAAGUCUUUGACCAAUCUGUGUGUGCUUACGGACUUGGAGAAAAAGAUGCACCUGUACCAGCCCAAGUGGUCGGAUGAUAUGGAAAAGCCAGUGGCUGAACAGAACAAGUCUGGCUCAAAGCUAAAAGAUGCCGGAGGAAGCACUGGGAAGGGUAUUCCGCUUUCUAAGAACCUUUCCAAGUCUGAACAUUCUUUGUUUCAGGGAAGACCAAAACCUUUCAGCCCGACUUCCAACCUGAGCAAACCCAGUCGAAUACCUAGGGGUCCGUAUGCUGAGGUCAAACCCAUUAGCAAGUCUCAAGAUCUGGCAGAGGACAAGUCAGAUGAUGAGAUCCUGUCAAGCAAAGCUAAAGCUAAUGGUAAGAAGUCUGUAAGUGGAACUACUGGAGCAACCAACCCGGGAGAUGGGAAAGAAGCAUCAGAACCUGAGGAAGGGGACAAGACCUUUUUAAAGGUGGAUCCGGAAUUGGUUGUAACAGUACUUGGAGACCUGGAACAGCUUCUCUUCAGUCAGAUGUUCGAUCCCGAGUCCCAGAGGAAACGCACCGUUCAGAAUGUCCUCGACCUCCGGCAGAACCUGGAAGAUACCAUGUCAAGCUUGCGGGGGUCGCAGCUCAGCCAUAGCUGUAUUGAGAGCAGCAUGUGCUAUGAUAGCGAUGAGACCAAUGCUCGCAGCAUCUCCAGCUUAUCCAAUCGGUCAUCGCCACUCUCGUGGCGCCAGGGUCAGUCCAGUCCUCGACUGCAGGCGGGUGACGCCCCCUCCUCUGGGGUCACAGCCCACUCACUGCCCAUCCGCGCGUCCACGCAGAUCAGCCACCGGCAGCGCAUCCAGCUCAUCGAGAGUCUGGACACUGCCGAUGACGACCUUGCCGACCUCAAGUCUGGUUACCUUAGCGACGGCAAUCUGACCGGAAAAAGCCAACCAGAUGAUGAUGAUGAUGAAGAUGGUGACAUAGAUGUCGAUGACGAUGAUCUGGCCAACGAUUGGGAUGAGAGCAGCUCCAUCAGCAGCGGUUUGAGUGACGGUUCAGACAACCUCAGCUCAGAGGAGUUCAACGCAGGCUCCUCCCUCAACUCCCUGCCAACGACUCCCAUUGGCUCCCGGCGAAACUCCGCCAUUGUGCUGCGCACCGAUGCCGAGAAGCGUUCUCUGGUGGAAAGUGGCCUGCCCUGGUACAAUGAGGAGGGAAAGACUCAGUGCCGGACGGAGGGAGGAUACGACACGGGCAGCCUGAAGGCGGAGACGUCCAGCAAGUGGAAAAAGAGCAGAAGGCAGGACGACACGACCGUCAGAGGCGAACUGAGGAAACCACAGACGCUCGGACAACCGCCCAGCGGACUGAAGAAGAGCCGCAACCCUCCGAUAGGCGUGACGUCCCCCAUCACGCACACCUCACAGAGCAUGCUCAAAGUGCCGGGAGCUCCAAAGAAUGAUCAGCGUGUUGUGGAUAAAUCCAAAACGGCAGUGAAAACAUCAGGUCUACAGCGAUCCAGCUCAGAUGCCGGAAAAGACCGCGGUGAGCAGCGAAAACCCCCUUCCGGCCUUGUCCGCCCAUCCGCCGGCACUGUAAAUUCCUUCGGUUUUAAGAAGACAGCUCCCAGCACUGCUCCUUUGCUAACGACUGGAGGAAAUACAGUUUCAGAUAUAAGCAAAACUCCUAAAACCUCCGGUAUACCAGUGAAACCCUCUGCUGGUGGUGUAGGAGCAGGACGGAAGAUCAGCCUUGAUGUUUCAAACUGUGAUCAAGGCUUCAUGGCUCCGAAUGCACGUAACAACAUUCAGUACCGCAGUCUCCCGAGACCCGCAAAGUCCAGCACCUUGAGUCUGACGAGUGGACGCCCGGGCGCUCGCCCAGUCAGCAGUAACAUAGACGCUGGUUUGCAGGGCCUGAAAACAGUUCCCGUCCAGUCCAGGUUAAAGGAACCGGUCAGCAUAAAGAGGUCCCACCGUGCUAGUACAGGAGGAAGCUGUCCAGUCAAUCAGACGGACCGUGAGAAGGAGAAAGCCAAGGCCAAAGCUGUAGCAUCUGAUUCAGAGUGUGGCGGAGGUGGAUCGUUGAAGAACGGCACGAUAAUGUCAACAGAGAGCGCAGUGGAACCUCCUUCCAAGCUCCUGGGACUCCGGCAACCAUCCAACUUGUCAAAAUAUUCUGAGCUUCCCUCUCCAAAUUCUCAAAGGCCGUCCAGUGCCAGAUCUCUGCCCAAACCUGUUCACCUGGACAAGCUCAACUCUAACAGCCUGGACUGUGGGAUACUCAACGUGGAGAACAAGCUUCCUCCUAAAGUCCCUCCCUUCUCCAAAUUACAGGACCUUUCAGGCAUGAGCAGCCCAAGCGUCUCGUGUCUGACCCCCAGCCCAGCUCCCAUCCUCAACGUCAACUCCUCUGAAUGCUUCUCCAGUGCCACCAUGGGUCGAGGGGGGAGUGCUGGUGGCUCGCCCUCGUUCUACCCACGUCUCUCUGGACUGCAUCGUAGCAUGGAAUCAUUGUCUCUGCAGAUGAGCGUGUCUCCAGCAGGGAACAUUGUGACUGAAACCAAACCCAGACGUGAGGAGAAAGGGACGGUCAACGGCUGGUCAGCAGGAAGUAGGGUGUCGCUCACUCUUACAACAGACAGCUCACAAAGGGACAGAAAUACUCUUCCAAAGAAAGGACUAAGCCAACACAGCUUCUCGCAGGUUGAGGAGGACAGCAAAGAGAGACGUCACUCACACACCAUCAUGAGCUUGACAGAGACGGACACCCCGUCGCAGUUCCCUUCACCUAUACUGACAGCAAAGAUGCCACUUACAAGCAUCAUGACACCCAGCCCCACCUCUGGCACUCCGAGGAUGACCCGAUCAAACAGUAUCCCUACCCACGAGCCCAGUUUCGAGUUAUAUCAAGCCUCUCCACUGGGUAGCACUUUAUCGCUCGCCGAGCGGCCCAAAAGCAUGAUCCGAUCCGGCUCCUUCAGAGACAGAGAUGCAUCGGAUGACGUUCAUGGUUCAUUGCUGUCACUGGUAUCGAACGCCUCCUCCAGCUACUCUUCUGCCGAGGAGAAAAUGCAGGGCGAGCAAAUCCGUAAACUCAGGAGAGAGCUGGAGUCUUCACAGGAGAAGGUGGCCUGUCUAACAUCCCAGCUGUCUGCUAAUGCAAACCUGGUGGCAGCGUUUGAACAGAGUCUGACGCUCAUGACCACUCGACUUCAGUCACUUUCCUUUAGUGCAGAGCAGAAGGACUCUCAAUUAACAGAACUGAAAGAAACCAUUGAGAACCUGAAGUCCAAGAACAUGGAGGCGCAGGCCGUUAUCCACGUAGCCCUAAAUAACCCUGAUGUAGCCCCGAGAGAGUUGCGUAUCAGGAGGCAUAACUCAUCCGAGAGCAUAUCUAGUCUGAACAGCAUCACCAGUCACUCCAGUGUGGGCAGUCUGAAAGACGACGCCAAAAAGAAGAAAAAGAAGAGCUGGUUGCGGAGUUCUUUUGGCAAGGCGUUCAGUAUUAAGAAGGGCUCUAAAGGUGGCACAAUGUACUCUGAUAUUGAAGAGAUCACCACCCCAGACUCCUCCGCUCCCAAUUCUCCAAAACUGGCCCAUGAAGAGGGAGAGAACCCGCCCCCGUCCUUCCAGUCCACCCAAUCAUCCGCCUCUUCUGUGAUCAACGAGUGUGAUGAGGAAAACGAGGGUGAUGAGGGUGAUGAGAAGGUGGUAUCAGAGCUGAGGUCUGAGCUGUGGGAGAAAGAGAUGAAGCUGACGGACAUUCGUCUGGAGGCGCUAAACUCGGCACACCAGCUGGAGCAGCUACAAGAGACCAUGAACAGCAUGCAGAUGAUGGUGGAGAACCUGAAGACUGAAAAUGACCAGCUAAAAACAGGAAGUGCUCCAUCAUCUUUAGAGCAGCCGUGCGGCCCACCCUCAACUUCCACUUCUCAACCCUCAGGUCUCGCCAGCCUUCUCAACUGCAGCCAAAAUAAACCGCCCAUGACCCUUACAAAGUCCUUCAGCCUCAGUCUCAAUGAAUACUCCAACCCUGACAUUGCUCCUAUGGAGUUACUGAGCCUACCGUCUCAGAGGGACGACCUCUUUACACGUGUGGUGGUCCGUAUAGCUGACCAUCAAGUAUCCAAAGAGGUAAGACAACAUGAUUUCUUCAUCGGCUCUGUGAGGGUUAAUGAAGAUACAGACUGGUCUACAUUAGACACAAUCAUCUCAACGGUUUUCAAGGACUACACUUCCCAGGUGGACCCGGGUUCUAGCAUGGGUUUGUCUGUGGACUCCAUCCACAGUUACAGUAUUCAUCAGAGCAGGAGAGUGUUUGGAGGAGAAGCGCCAGAGAGCUCACCCAGCAACUGUCUCAAAAAUUACCCGGGACUCAUUACCGUUUCCCUCAAAGGGGUUAAGGAGAAGAGUGUGGACAGUCUUGUGUUUGAGACGCUCGUUCCCAAGCCCAUGAUGCAACACUACAUCAGUCUCUUGCUGAAGCACCGGCGGCUGAUUCUGUCAGGCUCCAGCGGCACAGGGAAGACCUACCUCGCCACCCACCUGGCCGAGUACCUGCUGGAGAGGAGUGGCCGCGACGCUGGCCGAGGCAACAUCACAACCUUUAACAUGCACCAUCAGACCUGCAAGGACCUCCAGUUGUACUUGUCUAAUCUGGCCAAUCAGAUUGACCGAGAUUGUGGUACUGAGGAUGUUCCAUUGGUCAUUGUCUUGGAUGAUGUCGGAGAGGCGUCUUCAAUCACCGACCUGGUCAACAGUGCACUGACCUGCAAAUAUCACAAAUGUCCAUAUGUCAUCGGAACAACCAAUCACCAUGUAAAGAUGUCGUCCAAUCAUGGCCUUCAUCUCAGUUUUAGAAUGGUCACCUUCUCCAACAACGUGGAGCCUGCCAAUGGGUUCUUAGUGCGUUACUUGCACAGGAAGCUGAUCGAGACAGAGGAUGAGAGUGCAAUUCAUGGUACUGAGAUUCUGAGGGUUCUGGACUGGGUUUCUAAACUCUGGUAUCAUCUACAUACGUUCCUGGAGAAACACAGCACCUCGGACUUUCUCAUAGGGCCAUGUUUCUUCCUCUCCUGUCCAGUAACAAUAGCAGACUUUCGUUCCUGGUUUAUUGAACUUUGGAAUCUGUCUAUUAUUCCUUAUCUACAGGAGGGAGCCAAAGAUGGUGUGAAGAUCCAUGGUCAGAAAGCAGCAUGGGAGGAUCCAGUAGAAUGGGUGAGAGACACACUGCCCUGGCCUUCAUCUCAACAGGACCAGGCUAAACUCUUUCACCUGCCUCCUCCAACCACCGGCCCCAACUCUGCUUCCACUCAACAACCCAGUGACAAUAGAUCCAGCAAAGAUACCCCAAUUCCCACCAUGGAGACGGAUCCGCUGAUGGCCAUGCUGCUGAAACUCCAGGAGUCCGCCAACUACAUUGAAUCUCCGGAACGGGACAUUUCGGGCAACCCCGGUUUCUAGGCUGAACCGAAAGACUCAAGUGGUCUCUAAUGGCUAGAGCUGUUAAAACACUCUUCUGUACAGAUUGGUUGGUAAAUGGAGAUGAAACUCUCAAAAACGUCCUACUCAAGAUCGAUUAAACGCUCGGAAGAAAGAGAAAAUGAAGAACUGAUCUUAUCAGAUCUGAGCAAGAAGCUUUUUUGCACAGUUGUCUUAACCGGUCCUUCCUUUGCUUCUCUAACCUGCAAGUUGCAUGGCAAUACUUGCGACUGAGGAUUGUAAAGAUGAGAUCUUAUGUACCAUACUGGGAGCAAAACGUGCUCCGCAGCUGUUCAGUUUUGUUCUUGGGAAGAUCUGACCGUAUGGACCAAAAAUGUAUUUAUUUGCAAGAGUAUCAUCCAACACAUAAAACCCUGUUGUCAAAGGUGCCCUUGCAGUAUCUCGACAUUUAGACCAACUCGCAUGGAUGCAACACGUAACGUACAAGAUGGUGCUUAGAAAUCAGCCUUAAAAGAAACCCCUCAUGUAUCAUGACAUCAGUUCCAUAGAAAUCUGAUUAUAACUACAUAUUACCUCACAGUUUGCAUAGUGAUGCAGUUUCAAGGUGCAGUACACACUGUAAUAACCAGGUUGCGUUUAACCAUUAAACACAGAGAUGAAAGAGCAGACGUAGACUGUAGACCACAGGGAUGCAUCUUUAAAGAUGCACUUUGAUAUUCAGCUUUCAAGUAAGGGCAAUGCCUGCAUUCAAAACCUGAGGGGCAUUCCGAGUGUUCGGCUACAUAGGGACUUGUCGUUCAUUUUGAAUAAGAGUUUGAGGUUACAUGACUGAACUUUGGUGACUCGCCAUGGUUGAGCAGAGUUAAAAAUAUGCAGAGUUUAAAUAUGCAGCAACACAGUCAGUGAGCUUUUGUUAUCCAGCCCCGGGUAUUGUUGAAUAUGGUCUCCAAGCAGGAACACUUCAAAACAACAUAGCAACCCGCAGACCUCCAACGUCUGAAUCGCUGAUGGUUUGAACUCACUUUCAGUGUUGGGUAAUAACAGAGGUGCUGCCAAAUGGUGCAAUGAAGCAGUACACAACAUCUUACCUUCAACGGUUGCUUUUGUGUGUUCAACCUGACCUUAGUUUCAACACCCAAGGUGGUUAUAGCUCAUCAAAAAAAAAAAAAGGCUUGGUUUACACUGAGAGACCAAAUCUGAUGUUGAACAAAGUUAUUGAGGCCUACAACUUUGUAUACUGUAGCAAUCAGUGUAGAUGUAUCAGAUGUUUACUACACUGCUUAAACAAUGGAUUCGAUUUGAGCCAACGGUCAAAAAUAAGAUUUGUGUCCAGUGUAAACAAAGCCAAAGUGGAUGAAACAAAUGCCUUUGUAGAGUCGGAAAGUUCAGAGUAAAACAACAUACACGUAAGCUUGUACAUGCACUUAUGUUCUUUGGUCUUCUGUAACAAUGUAGCCAACUGUGAACCUUUUAACUGGUUGUAAGUUGUGCUAAUGAGUCGCAGUAGAGUUUCUUAAAUCAUUCUGUCUCAUCAUGACAUAACACACACACACAAAAUAAUAAUAGAUGUAACUCAUGAAUGUGUUUGCAGGUGCUGCAAGACCGUAAGUGCAUGAAAGCUUUAACUUUGAGGACAAUUGUGAUUAAGGCACCUUAUCUUGAGGAUGUGUUGGCAACAAAUGCCCAGUAGCAAUCUUUCAACUUAAUGAUGAUUACAUCAUUUAUUACUAAAUCACAUAAUUGUGUAUAGUAUACUAAUUGGCAGUUGUCAUUGGCAGUUGUCAAACCUGUCAUUGUGCACAGAACAGAAGAAUAUAAAUUGGUCAAUAUCUGCUAUGAUGGAACUUUAGUUUGCCAACACGCCUCAUGCUCUCAAUGCUUGCCAACAGUGCUUGUGUUUUCCUGUCCUAAUGUCAGACAUAGCUUCCCUAAUGAGUAAGAGUUUUUUAAAAGUCCUUUUUUAUGAUUUUUUACAACAAAAUGUUAGUCUGACGUUUGUAAAUAGGAUUUUCCAAAAAAGUAAAAAAAGAGCAAAAAGAUAGUAGAAUAAACCAAGCAAACCUAAAACAUGACAUAGUAUGAACUAAACAUGUCCAGUUAGAGAUACAUUACGUAAAAGAUCUUAGUAACCAUCCAGUUUGUCAAUCAUCUCUUCAUAGCCUGUAGGCAAGGAGUUUAACUGCCACAAAGUAACUAGAUCAAGUUGCCUAUGUGAACAUUUUCUCAGUCGAAGUGUCUUUUCUGUUCUCUUUCGGAUCAUACAAGGUAUUACAGAAGAUGGUCUCACCAUGUUUAAAGUGUCAGUGGUGCAUCACUUUAAACUAGUACCUCAAAUCUGUCUCGUGAUAUUAUCAUAAACAUCCCAUAAUAUGCUUCUGGAUAGUUCGGGGAUUUGGGGACAAUACCCCACGGUUUGUCUUGAAAAUGUGCCUGAUAUAAGCCAACUUGCUGGACAUUGCAAUACCUAAACUAUGAUGUGUUUUGCAAGGGAUUGUGUGCUGUGGAGGAUAAGAAUGUGAGCUAACUUGCCGUUUUAUUUCUAUGCUAGCUUAUGAAGAUUUUCAGCUUGCUGGUAGCCUUGUUUUCAAAACAGAUUGGAAAUUAAGGCUAGUUUGCCAGCUGGCACAAACUUAAGCCAUUCUCUCACAGUCCAACUCAACAUCUCUCCAUAUGUGACAAACUAUAUUUGCAUCCUUAUAGAAUGUGGUUUAUCAGAUCUGGUUAUUUAGCAACCUGGUAAAGUUUGGACAGCCUAAAACUGGGUGUCUAACAGAGGGAAUGUUUGAAUUAAUUUAUUCUUGUUUUCUGCUUUCUUCUAACUAUCUAUGAUUUGUACAAAGGUUUUCACUUGUUUAACAUUAAACAUGCCUCACAUGUUAAGUUUAUCAAGAUUUCUGGGUUGUUGUCACUAUGCAGUUUUUGUAUAGCGUUUUUAGCAUAGGUUCCGAUAUUUUGACCAAUAGCAGAUAACAAUGGUGUACUUUGUAAUAAGCUAAUGUGAAAAUUGGACAGUUUUAAUGUUGUUGAUGUGUCACCAUUGUUUGUCUGUGAGAAAAAAAAACGCAUUGGACCUAUAUCCCACUGAGAUUUCAAACAAAAAUAUAUGUUUUUUUUUUUUUAAAGAAAUUUCUGUUGCUUUUUCCUUAUUGUUCAGUAAAUCGUACUAUUUUGUAUAGAAUGUUGCAAUUGUAAACAAUGUACAUAGUGAACGCAUUUGCGACCACAAUCACAGUAAACUAUAAAAAAGAUCUGGCCAUUUUUUUGCAUUUUUUGCAACUGGUUGCUGGAAAGAGGCAUGUGCUGAUCUGAGAGAAUUCCAUCAUAUAUUCACUCAAGUUUCAAUAAACAUGACACUCCUACACUAA